CGCGUGUCGCCCCCCCCCCCGCUCGCCGCGGCGUGGUCGGCCCCGCGCCGGCGCGGCACGCGGCGCCCCCUGGCGACGGCGGCGUUGCCGGGCGGGGCCUGAGGGCCGCCCAUGGCCGCGGCCUCGGGCCAUGGCGGAGCCGCCGCCCGGAGCCGCCGCUCCGCGGGGCCGCGGCCGGGCCUGGCAGCGCGGCGGCUCCGCGCAGGACAGUGAGGACGGCACGGAGCCCUCUGGCCCCGCUCACAACGGUUUGAGCGCGGAGCCUUCCCGCCCCGCUCACAACGAUUCGGACACGGAUCCCCCCGGCCCCGCUUUGAACGGCUCGGGCACGGAUGCCCCCGGCUCCAUUCACGACGGCUCGGACACGGAGCCCCCCGGCCCCGCUGAGGGCGGGCCGGGCACGGAGCCCCCCGGCCACGCUCACAACGGCUCGGGCACGGAGGCUCCCGGCCCGCAGGAAGACGCGGAGCCCCCCGGCCCGGAGGAGGACGCGGCCGCCCCGCCGGGGCCGGAGCUGUGGCUGGUGCCGCCGGAGCUCCGCGCGCGGCUGCUGGACCGGCGGGACUACCGGGGCCGUGCCCAGGCCGUGGAGCAGCUGCGGCGGGCGGUGGAGGGCUGCAGCCCCGCCGCGCUGGGCGCCGCGCCCGCCGCCGCGCUGCUGGGGCUGAUCGCGCUGCUGGACGCGCUGCUGCGCGACCCCAACUUCGCGGUGGCGCGGGGCGCGCUGGAGGUGACCCGGCUGCUGGCGCUGCGCCUCGGCCGCCGCGUCCCCGCCGUGCUGGCCCCGCUGGUGUGCGCGGCCGCCCGGGCGCUGGGGGACGCGCAGCCGGCCAUGCGGAGGGACGGCGCCCGGCUGCUGCUGCGGCUGAUGGCGUUGGCCGGCCCGCGGCCCGUGCUGCGCCUGCUGCUGCAGGAGCGGCUGCUGCGGCACCGCAGCGCCCGGCUCCGCGAGGAGCUGCUCAACACGUGCAUCGCCGCGCUGCUCGCCUACCCCGCCGCCGAGCUGGACCUGCCGCGGCUGGCGGCCGCGCUGGCGCCGGCGCUGCUGGACGCCAAGCGCAGGGUCCGGCACGCCGCCAUGGAGGCGAUCGCCGCGCUGGCCCCGGCGCUGGGCCCCGGCGACGGCGGCGCGCUGCUCCGCGCCCUGGACGCCGUGGAGCAGCGGGCCGGCGGCGCGGGGGUGGCGCUCGCCGUGCGGGCCCGGCUGGCCAGGAAGGUGCUGCCCAGGCUGGGCGAGCAGGGACUCGUGGAGUACGGCGUGCCCCUGCCCUGCUCCGGCCGCUGCCGCGGGCCCUGCCCGCCGCCCGGCGCCGACACCGAGUGGCUGCUGGCGGGCGGCAGGAGCCGCAGCGCGCACGGGCACUGCGGGCAGCGCGCCUGCCGCGAUGCCGUGCGCGGCCCCGCCUGUGCCCAGCGGGGACUGAGCCCCAGGAGAGUCCUGAGCGCCGGCAGAGGCAAAAACAAGCUGCCCUGGGAGAACGAGCCGGCUGCGGACGGGGAAGGUGGCUCGGGGGUGAGGAUGCCCGUCGCGAAGGGUGUGGAGCAGCUGGCUGCAGCCAAUGAUUUCCUGCACUCGCCCAAGCCGCGGCCCUCGCAGGGGAUCCCGGGCAGCGAUGAGCUGCUGUUCAGCAGGAGCAGGGCUUCCAGGGCUUUGUUCCAGCCCAGCGGGGAGCUGACCUCCGAGCACCCCGCCCUUGCUGCUGGUGCUCUGGGCUCUCAUCAGCCCCAGAUUUCAGGGAAGUGUGGGACACUUGGAUACCCCCGUGGGAAGAGUGGCAGCGUGGGCUCAGAUUUGCAGUUUUUGGGACUGAGUAACUGUCAGCAGGACAAAGUUUGUUCCAGCCUCAGUUUUUCCAGCAAGACCCAGAGAAGUUUUUGCACUCAGGCAGAGCCCACCAUGUCCUUCCAAGGUCCCAGUGCCAGCCAGGGCUCCUUCAUCCUGCCCUCCUUCCCCCUGUCAUCCCCCAGGAACAGCCCCAAGCACCUCUCUGCUCCUGCUGCCUCUGCAGGGAAGGCCCAGGAGGAUCCCAGGAGCCUCUCCAGCUCCUGGCCUCUCAAAAGCUUCCAGGGGCUGCCGAAGCCUGCUUGCCAGAAGCAGCUGCUCAGCCAAAAGCCAGGAGACAACACAGGGCAAGGGCUGUCUUCAACUCAAACCCAAAAUGGAGCACUUGUAGGGAGAGUCAGCACAGAAAUACCUGGGGACGGCCCGCUGGAGAAGCCCCCCCUGCAGCUGGAGAAGCCCCCCCUGCAGCUGGAGAAGCCCCCCCUGCAGCUGAGGGCCGGCCUGGGCAGAGCCCAGGGGCUGCGGGGUGCCCGGCCCGUGCCCCCCAUCCCGCGGCUGCCCAGCCCCCGGGAGCCCCCUGGCAGCAGGGAGGGCGCGGGGCUGGCAGCAGGGCUGGCAGAGCUGCGCCUGGAGCCUGAGGAGGUGGACCAAGAAGAGAUGCAGAAUUCCCUGAGGUCCCUGCGGAGCAGCGCAGCCAAGAAGAGGGCAAAGCUGAGCAGCAGCAUCGCCGAGCUGGAGAGCCCGGACUCCGCGGUGAAACUGGAAUUUCCCGGGGACUGCCCCUCCCUGGGCUCCUCCCCCGGUGCCACCUCCACCGGCGAGAGCGGCAUUUCCAGCCAGGAGUCCCCGGGCUCCCCCGUGGCCACGCUGCCCCCCAGGAGGAGAGUGAUGUCAGACACUUUUCCAGCACUUGGCAGCAAAUCCCAUCCUGCAGAAGUAUGUCCAGCAAGGCCCAGAGACACAGAGGGGGCAGAGCAUCCCCCCAGCACAGGCCCUGCAGAGUCAGUGCCUGGUUUUGCACCAAAGAACAAUCUGGGUUUCACGUCUGAAGACAUUGCUGUUGUUGGCAAAGGUGUUUUUGGGAGCCCUCCUGGCCCAGCUGCCAGCCAGUCCAUGCCGUGUGUGGCCAAUGGGGACGCCCAGGGUGCCAGGGAGGGAGCAGAGGCAGCCCCAGGGAGAGGCUUCCAGCAGAACAGCCCUUCCCAUUGCUGUUCCCGUGCAGGGAAUGAAGGAGAGAUAAAAGUGACCUUGUCAAAAUCUGCUCAGGAGAAGCUGAGGAGGAAGAGGAGAGAAGACAAAGAACACAACCAUAAAGAGCAGCAGGAAGGCAAAGGCUUGGAAGGGAAGGAAGAAUUCCCUUGGGAAAGGAUUAGACUGAGUAUGAGUGAACCAGAGAAACUCACAGCAGAAAGUGAGGAUGAGGGGUUUAGUCUCUGUGGGGAUUUACUGACAUCACCAAGGAAUGGAUCCUUGUCCUUAGAAAACGUGGCCUUGAACCCUUCCCUGAAGAGAACAUCCAGUUUGAAGAGGUCCAAGUGCUCAUCCUUGCUAGAUUCUGAGGAGCCGUGCGCGGCGCGGGGCCGCUGCCGGGAGGCGCCGGUGACGCAGAGCCCCGAGGUGCUGGACCCCGCGGAGCUGCUGCCGUUCCCCCGGCCCGAGCCCGCCCUGGCAGAGGCGCUGGCGCUGCUGGCUGACCACGACUGGGAGAAGAAAAUUGAAGGUCUGAACUUUGUCAGGUGCUUGUCUGCCUACCAUGCCCCUAUUCUGACUGCAAAGCUCCAUGAAACAACUCUGGCUGUGGCUCAAGAGGUCAAGAAUUUACGCUCAGGUGUUUCUCGAGCUGCUGUGGUCUGUUUAGGGGAUUUGUUCACCCACCUGAAAAAGAGCAUGGAUCAAGAACUAGAUAAUGCAGUAAAAGUCCUUUUGCACAAAGCUGGGGAAUCCAACACUUUUAUAAGGGAAGAGGUAGACAAGGCACUGAAGGCCAUGGUUAAUAAUGUGACUCCAGCACGUGCACUUUGUUCUCUUAUAAAUGGAGGGCAAAGCCACCUGCACUCGGCCGUCAGGAGAUGCACAGCCCAGCACCUGGGGGACAUCGUGGAGCGCCUGGGCCCCGAGCGCGUCCUGGCCCAGGGCCGGCCCGUGGCCGAGCGGCUGCUGCCCGCCAUCGCCAGGUUCAGCCAGGACAGCUCCCAGCAGACACGCUACUACGGGCGGAGGAUGCUCUUCAGCAUGAUGGCCCAUCCUGACUUGGAUAAAACCCUGGAGAAGUUUGUGCCACCCAAGGAUUUGCCUUACAUUAAGGAAACCGUUGGCAGCCUACGAGAGAAGGGCCUGGGGGAGAUGCCCUUGGAUACACCCUCAGCCAAAGGAAGGCGAUCCCAGGCUGGAAAUGUUGGACAUUUGAGGUCGUCCUCUACUUGCAGAGAUGCUCCCAUCAUCCCAGACAGGGACGGCGCGGAGAGCCACGAGGCCCCGCGGAGAGCAGCUCCUCGCAGUGCCCUGGAGAGCGAGGAGUACGUCAGGGACCUGGUGGGGUUACUGAGCGCCAGGGAUUUCCGGGAGCGCGUCCGCGGCGUGCGGCAGCUGCUGCUGGACGCCGAGAGCAGCCCGGGCCCGCUGCUCGCCAACAUCGUCAGGAUCUUUGAUGCCUUCAAGCCUCGCUUGCACGACUCCAACAGCAAAGUGACCCAGGUGGCUUUGGAGGCCAUGCACAAGAUGAUCCCGCUGCUCAAAGACAAUUUGUCCCCUGUGAUCAACAUGUUAAUUCCUGCCAUAGUGGACAACAACCUCAACUCCAAAAAUCCAGGGAUUUAUGCAGCUGCCACAAAUGUGAUCCAGGCCCUGUGUCAACACUUAGACACCUCCCUGCUCCUGCAGCCGUUCUGCACAAAAGCCCAGUUCCUGAGUGGAAAAGCAAAGCAGGACCUGACAGAAAAGCUGGCUGAGCUGGUGCCGCAGCUGUACCCUCGGAAGCCCUGUGCCGUGGAGCAGAAGGUGCUGCCCGUGCUGUGGCACCUGCUGGGCAGCUCUGCCAGCGGCAGCUCCGUGCCCGGCCCCCGCACGGCCACGGCCGCCUUGGCCCAGGCCCUGUGGGCGCAGAUGGGCCCCGGGCUGCUCGCCCACGCCGCGGCCCAGCCCCCGCACAUCAGGAAGAGCCUGGAGGAGCUUUUGGAGACAUAAAAUGGUCAAAUCGCCGUCCCCGCAGAGGCUCCAGCCCAGGACCUGUCCCUGGAUUGCCCAUGAAGAACCACACGGUCACAUCAGCACGGCGCUUUACACGGAGAAGCGGAAGGGAAUCCUGGACACAGCGAUGCAGUGCUGUUUGUGAAAAACAUGUAUUUUUGUACCCCCACAGGCAGUGGUGCAGUAUUUGUUGUCUCAGGGCUGGGCAGUGGGGAGAAUGAACCCUGACCCUUCUUCUCCAGCUGCGGGCUCUGGACACAUUGGACACGGGACACAAUGGGAUAUAUAAAUAAAGGGAUUUAUUU